AUGGGCAAACUCAUCCGCCUUGAGUUGCACAACUUCAAGUCCUACAAGGGCCACCAUACCCUCCUAUUCGGCGAUUCCUACUUCACCUCGAUUAUUGGACCCAAUGGAUCGGGCAAAUCCAAUUCCAUGGACGCCAUCUCCUUUGUCCUUGGCAUCAAAUCCUCUCACUUGCGCUCUACGCACCUCAAGGAGCUUGUCUACCGUGGGCGCGUUCUGAAGACAUCCAAGAUCAACGACGAUGGGUCCGCCCAGGCGACUGCCGAUGCGAGCAACUUUGCCGACGACGAUAAGGCGUCUCGAGGCGAUCCAAAGACCGCUUGGGUCAUGGCUGUAUAUGAAGACGACGCCGGAGAGGAGCAAAAAUGGAAGAGAACCAUCACUAGCCAGGGAGCUAGCGAGUACCGGAUCAACGACCGAGUGGUUACGGCUCAGCAAUACAACGAGGCCCUGGAAGCGGAAAAUAUCCUCAUCAAGGCGCGCAAUUUCCUCGUUUUCCAAGGAGAUGUCGAGGCUAUUGCUUCACAAUCUCCCCAAGACCUCACCCGUCUCAUUGAACAGAUAUCGGGAAGCUUGGAAUACAAGUCCGAGUACGAAAAGCUCCAGGCCGAAGCCGAGCAAGCCAUCGAAAACCAGAAUUUCCAGUUUCACCGCCGUCGUGGUAUCAACUCCGAAAUCAAACAAUACCGCGAGCAGAAGAAGGAGGCAGACAGCUUUCAAAAGAAAACCGAGGAAAGAGAUGCGGCCAUUGUCACGCACUGCUUGUGGAAGCUUUUCCAUUUUCAGAAAGCCAUGGACGAUUCCAGUGCCGCCAUUCAAGAUCACCAUGAAAACUUGAAAGAGUUUCGAAGAAAUGUACAAGUGUUUGAGAAUCGACUUGAGGAAGCUCGACGAGACCAAUCUACUGUCCAGAAGCAGGUUAACAAGGUGGAAAAGGAUAUCAAGCACGCAGAACGAAAUAUCGAGGAUAAAGAAAAUGCUCUGGUUCCAUUUGAUGAGAAGAUCCAUGAAUCGACGCAGCAAAUUGAAAAGCUACAGACUCAGUCGCAGAAAGUCAGCAAGGAACUUGACGAGCAAACUGAAAUUGUUCAGAAAGUCAACAAGGAUAUUGCGAGCGUCAAGAAGGCCCAGGAUGUUUUUGAGAAAGAUGUCAAAGAGCAGCUGAAGAAGACUGGCCGAGAAAUAAGUGACGACGACCGCAAAGAGUACAACGCGCUCCGAGGACAGGUUUUGGCUCGCUCUGGUUCCAACCAGGCAAAACUGGAAAACCUUGAGCGGCAGAGGAAGGCGGAUGAGGUUACCGUUAACAGUCUCAAGGGCAAGGUAGAUAGUGUCUCCGCUGCCAUUGAGAAAAUGGAGGCAGAGCUUACCAGCAUCGGAGAAAGGCGAAGCUCGGCGGAAUCCGCAACAAAAGACAUCACUAAUGAAAUCACCACCAAGAAGAAGGAAUUUAAUCAGCUCCAAUCUGAGCGAGUGCGAGCCAACCAAAAAAGGACUGAGCUCGAGGAGAAGCUCGAAGAUGUUGCGAAAAAGCUAAGAGAGGCCGACGAUGGCCGCCGCCAGAAUGAUAGGGAGACGCGCAUGAAAGAAAUGGUAACGACUUUGAAACGGAUCUUUCCUGGAGUUCGUGGCCGCGUUGGCAACCUGUGCACGCCCAAACAAAAGAAAUACGACGAGGCCGUCAUCGUUGCCCUGGGAAGAGACUUCGACUCUGUGGUUGUCGAUACAGAGAAAACCGGUGUGGAGUGUGUUCAGUAUUUGAAAGAGCAAAGAUUCUCCCCCAUGACGUUCAUCCCGCUCGACAAUAUCAAGGUUAAUGCUGUCAACACCGCCAUCAAGGGUUUUCCGGGCGCUAGACUCACAAUCGAUACCAUCAACUUUGAACCAGCAGUCGAGAGAGCAAUGUCAUACGCAUGUGGUAGCUCUGUGGUUUGCGAUACACUUGAUAUCGCUAAACACAUCUGUUACGAGAAGAAAAUCCCGGUCAAGGCCGUUACACUAGAGGGAUACAUUAUCCACAAAGCCGGCUUAAUGACGGGUGGUCGUGGUCCUGAACCCAAAGGCGGAAAGCGAAAGUUCGAAGAAGCUGAUGUUCAGAAUCUUCAGCGAAUGGCGGCCAAAUUGAAGAGCGAGAUUGAUCGUCUACCAAAAGCGGAUCGUCGGGGAACUCAGGAAGAAUCUCUACAGAUUGAGCUUAACGGGUUCGAACGGCAACUGGCGGCUACCAGAGACGAGUUAGCAGCGUUGAACAAGAACUGGACAAGCAAGAAACGCGAACUCGACAGCCAAAAGAAGCAGCUACAAGAACUUCAGCCCAAAUAUGAAACCCAGUUGGAGCAACUGGAUCGCACCAAGGACACAGUCCAAGAGUUCCGCGACGCUAUUGCGCGUGUGGAGGAUGACGUCUUUGCUGGAUUCUGUAAGAAGCUUGGAUACAGUGACAUUCGUGCAUACGAUGCUUCCCAAGGUAAAUUAGAACAAGAGAUUUCCGAGAAGCGCAACCAGUACGAAGUCCAGAGGCAGAGACUGGAAACUCGACUCAACUGGGAAGUUUCACGCCACAGCGAUACCGAAGCACGCAUCAAAAGAAUACAAGAUCAAGUAAAGCGACUGAAACACGACGUCAAGACUUACAACAGAGAGAAGGCUGAAAUCGAGGAGUCGAAGCGCGAAGACCAAGACGAGCUGGACGCUCUCGGAGAGACCCUCGAGGAGCUAAAGACUGAGCUGUCGGAGAAGAACCAGGCAGUCAGCGAGGCUAAAGCAGAGCUGCAGAAACGGAGUAAAGAUAUCGAAGUCUGUCAACGGGAGAUCAACGCCCUGGAAACAACUGUGCAGAAGAACAGCGCUGGCAAGUCUGCGCUGCUCCGACGAUGUCGGCUCGAGCAGAUUCAGAUCCCAUUGACAGAGGGAGCUCUGGACAACCUACCGACGCAAGAUGACUUGCUACGACAGGAUCCAGAUGCCAUGGACGUUGAUGGCGGAGAUGAUGAGAUGAUGGAUAUCGCGCUCGAUGACCACGGUAUUGAAAUCGAUUUCGACGGCCUUGACGAGGACCUCAAGGAAUCCGGGGAACCCAGCGUCGAGGACACGCUGACAGAGAAGAUUUCAACCCUCACAGCAGAAUUGGAGAAGCUAAAUCCCAACAUGAGAGCGAUGGAGCGAUUAGAAAGCGUCGAGACGAGGCUCAAACAGACUGAUCAAGAAUACGAGGACUCCAAAACAACAGCACACAAGGCCAAGGAAGCUUUCAACGAUGUCAAGCAGCGAAGAUAUGAACUCUUCAAUAAGGCCUUUGUUCACAUCUCGGACCAAAUAACGAACGUGUACAAGGACCUUACCCGAUCUGACGCCUAUCCGCUAGGUGGCCAGGCAUACUUGGAUAUUGAAGAAGACACAGAUAUGCCGUAUCUGUCAGGCAUCAAGUUCCAUGCCAUGCCCCCGCUCAAGAGAUUCCGAGACAUGGAGCAUCUCUCUGGUGGUGAGAAGACUAUGGCAGCACUGGCACUUCUCUUUGCUAUCCACAGCUACCAGCCGAGUCCUUUCUUUGUCCUGGACGAGGUGGACGCUGCACUGGACAAUGCCAAUGUGGAUAAAAUCAAAAAGUACAUUCGGGAACAUUCCGGCCCUGGCAUGCAGUUCAUCGUCAUCAGUUUAAAAGCAGGCCUGUUCCAAGACAGCGAGAGUCUUGUGGGCGUUUAUCGUGACCAGGAGGUCAACAGCUCUCGGACAUUAACAUUGGAUCUUAGGAAAUAUGCUUGA